GAGCGAAAUGUGGACGAGUCUUGCACCAAACUUACCUUUAAUCUGUGUAAACAGUAUGUCCAAGAGAGACACGUCUACACUCUGUCUUGACCUUCUGGCACACGGCCCUUCCUCUCGUAAGUCGUAACCCACUCGGUCAUCGUUCCAUCAUCAUCAAUUAUACACACGUUCCCAACAAAACACAAUAAUUCCAGAACACGAGGUUCUCGGCAUUUGUGAUCUCACUGAUUGUUUUGUCGUUUCCUUGGGUGCAUUUCAAACGAGGGUAUAGAGUUCAGGUUUUUGUCGGGCACUCGUAAUCAUCGAAGUGGAGACGGUGACUUGCCGAAAGUGUAGAAGACGAAGCAAUGAGUUUCAGAGAAGAAUCCGAGCCCGAGGACCUCAAGAAGCCGUUCCUCCAAACAGGGAGCUGGUACAGAAUGGGGUCGAGGCAGUCCAGCAUCAUGGGCUCCUCGUCCCAGAUCAUUCGUGACGGUUCCAUUUCCGUCAUGCUCUGCGUCCUCAUCGUUGCCCUCGGCCCCAUCCAAUUCGGCUUCACUUGUGGGUAUUCUUCCCCUACGCAAGAUGAAAUAGUCGAGGACCUGGGACUUUCAGUCUCGGAGUUCUCUAUAUUUGGUUCUUUAUCAAAUGUUGGUGCCAUGGUUGGGGCAAUUGCGAGUGGUCAGAUCGCAGAAUACAUUGGGCGUAAAGGGUCACUUAUGAUUGCUGCGAUUCCUAAUAUAAUUGGAUGGCUUGCAAUAUCAUUUGCCAGAGAUGCCUCGUUUUUGUACAUGGGUAGGUUGUUGGAAGGAUUUGGCGUCGGUAUUAUAUCUUACACGGUACCGGUAUAUAUAGCUGAGAUUGCACCUCAAAAUAUGAGGGGAACCCUCGGGUCUGUUAAUCAGCUCUCAGUGACAAUUGGACUAAUGCUGGCUUAUCUUUUUGGACUGUUUGUCAACUGGAGAGUGCUUGCAAUUUUAGGAAUUUUGCCAUGUACAAUAUUGAUACCUGGCUUGUUUUUCGUGCCAGAAUCUCCCCGAUGGUUGGCCAAAAUGGGGAUGACAGAAGAUUUUGAAACCUCAUUGCAAGUUUUACGAGGUUUUGAUACCGACAUUUCAGUUGAAGUGAACGAAAUCAAGAGAUCUGUAGCAUCAGCAGGCAAAAGAGCUACAGUCCGGUUUGCAGAUCUCAAGAGAAAGAGAUACUGGUUUCCUCUAACGAUAGGAAUCGGAUUACUUGUGCUCCAGCAACUCAGUGGUAUCAAUGGUGUUUUAUUCUAUUCAAGCAACAUCUUUGAAAAAGCCGGGAUCUCGGCGAGUAAUGUUGCAACUUUUGGAGUUGGAGUUAUUCAGGUUACGGCUACUGGGGUUACUACUUGGUUGGCGGACAGAGCUGGCCGCAGGCUGCUGCUUAUUGUGUCAUCGUCUGGAAUGACCCUUAGCCUCCUCGUUGUUGCAAUUGCAUUUUAUCUGGAGGACGUUGUAUCAGAAGAUUCUAAAUUCUAUAGCAUGUUUGCUAUACUGUCACUCGUUGGCCUUGUGGCUUUUGUGAUUUCGUUCUCUCUGGGACUUGGACCUAUUCCUUGGCUGAUAAUGUCUGAGAUACUUCCUGUGAAUAUCAAAGGCCUUGCUGGCAGCAUAGCAACGAUGGCAAAUUGGCUGACAUCAUUUGUGAUUACAAUGACUGCAAACUUGCUGUUGAGUUGGAACAGUGGAGCUACCUUCACAAUUUAUACCAUGGUUGCUGCUUUUACUGUUAUCUUUGUGUCACUUUGGGUUCCAGAAACUAAAGACAGAGCUCUGGAAGAGAUUCAGCAGUCAUUUAGAUGACUUUACUUCCUAAAGCAUAUAUUCAUCUUAAUCUGGCUUUGAAGUGGAUAUAAUGCCGGAGUCAUCGCAUGUAGGUUGGGUUACAUGGAUAUUCCUUAUUUUAUUCUUUUGCAAAACUGCAAGAAUUUGAGUUGAUCGGAUGCCUCCCUAGCAGCUCCAUAAACUCCCUGUGUAUAACAUAGGGGGUGUGAGUCUUCCAUCAUAUUUGCUUUGUGUUAGAGCAAUCACAAUGGUUUAUUCAUUUUGCAUUUGUUUGUAAAAUGGCCAGCAAUGGUUUGGAAAAUGCUCUAAAAAAUUAAAUGCAAAAUACAUUCAUGCUAUAUUGGUUGCCUACAUCUGGAUAUACAUGUAUGUAAUAAUUUUUUGUUGUGUCUUUCUCUUUAGUUAUAUUUCUUGCAAUUACAAUAUUUUUUGAAAAAGAUAAAUUAAAAUAUAUAAAAAAUAAUAGAUAAGUUGAUAUAAAUAGAGUAGACUACAAUUCCAUGAAACAAUCUUAGACACACCUAUCAGAGGAUAGAACUAUAGUUCUUCACUCUACAUAACAUUGAAUAGUGCCUCAUGAGUACAGAUAUUAUGAGCCCAUAAUGCAGACAGAAUCAUUUCUGGGUAUUCUCUGUUGUUUUGUCUGCAUGGAAGGAAGCAAGGAACCGCUUCAGAUACCUAUUGUAAACACAAGGUCGCUCCAGGUGAACCAAGUGACCUGCCUUCUUUAUGACCUGAAAUGAUGCAUUUUCUCCCAGUUGCCUGUGAUCACAUUGCCCAAAAUCACUUGGUACAAAAUUACUUCUUUUUGUAAAUUAACUUACCAACAUAUGCACUACUAAACUUCUGUAUUGUUCUAGAGAAAUCAUAUAAAUAAUUAAAUUUAUUUUUUAUUUAUUAA